CGGCAAUCUUAAUUCCUGCUUGGGAUUCAUCUAGUCCAGCCUUUCGCAUGAUGAAUUCUGCAUAUAAGUUAAAUAAGCAGGGAGACAAUAUACAACCUUGUCGUACUCCUUUCCCAAUUUUGAACCAAUCAGUUGUUCCAUAUCCAGUUCUAACUGUAGCUUCUUGUCCCACAUAGAGAUUUAGAUUUCAAAAUCUAAAAAUGUGUAAAAGUGUUCACUCACUAGAAUUCCCCUUUGUGCCCCCAAAGCAUUGAGACAGCUAUGAUGCUCAUGAAACUUUUAUUUUAUUAUUGCAUUUAUUGCCCGCCUUUCCUCCAAGGAGCUCAAGGUGACACAUUUUAUCCUCACAGCAACCCUGUGAGGUAGGUUUGGCUGAGUGACUGACUCAUCCAGGGUCACCCAGUGAGCCUCAUGGCCAUUGUAUCACACUAGGAUUUGCUACCACUGUGACUUAGCAAGAACUUUAAAGACAAAGGCAGGUUUUUUUUAAUAAUCUGUGUUUGCAUGUGCAUUCUAAACAUUUUCCUUUUAUUAAAUUAGAAUAAUUCUGACUGUUAAAUAAUAAUGUACUGUAAUGUUUGCAACUGCAUGUCUGGACAAAAUGUAAAAAUGUGCAUUUUCCUAGCCUUUUAUUUUGUGCAAUCCAAUUCAAGCACUGAAUUAUUUUUCUGCAUAUGUAGUUUCAGUAUACAACACUUGGUAAGUAUUGCUAGUCUGUGUGAACUGAUUUUUUUUCUUAAAGAAACCCUAAACUGAGAGGCACAAUCAAUUGUCCCUUUUGUAUUCAUGCUUUGUGGGGUGGAGGUGGGGUGGAUUGACAGGAGUUCUCUUUAAAUGAGCUUCAUUUGGAUUGGCUUAACUCAAGCAAUCAUGACGCUGUGCUGUGUUUCAGGAACCACCCUCAACAGAGUGUCCUGUUAAGAGGAGGCAUGUUUUCAUCUUGAGUAGAAACUCUUGGUUGAUGCUUAUGAGUGUUGCCUUGUUUUGCAGUUCUCUCGGGAGUUUUAUCUGGAGCUCGCUCUGUAAGUUGUAGAACAGUUCACUUUGCUUGAGAUCUCUGCUCUUGAGGUGUGAAUAUGAUAGGGUAUCUAUUUUAGACAUAAGGAAUGCAUUUGUGACUAGCAAGGCAGAGUUACUUGAAGAAUUAACUUUGCUUCUCUUUGAAACAGCUUCAAAGCAUUGAGUAAGUUUUUAAUGGUUUCCCUCCCCUUGAUAAACUUUUAUGGAAUUUCGUACACCUCCCGUGGAAGUAGAAAAGAAUGAGAGGCAGUUCUAUGACACUUUUGUGAUUCAUGAUGGGGUGGAAUCUCCCCUUUGUAAAAAUAUUUCAUAACAUCUAUUAGCAAGAAAUAAAUAGAGCUGAAAGGAGGCAGAUAUGAUCUUCUGUUUUCAAUUGUUGAAAACUACCUUAACCUCAAGCAGCACUGUCUUCUUAUUGGAGGUAAACUUUACUCUAUCAGAAUUCAAAUAUGUGUAGUAUGUAUCUGAAAUAUAUACUGUAGUCUAUAGUAUGUAUAGUAAAUUUGUAUAGUAAAUGAAAUGGGUUUUAUUCAGGGAAGAUAGUUUUUACUGCCAGGUUUUUCCUUAUAAAUGAUAGUGUUUCUGUAGCUGAAGGUAACAGACGCCAGCAUGAGUUUUUGAAAUGCAACAUACCAGUGCUUGUCGUGCAAGAUGGCUUGCAAUUAAGCAAGCUAUAUAAGGAUGUGUAGGGAAAGUUGGAAUUGGUUGGUGAAGUAACCCUUUUAUAUAACUGAUAUUUAUUAGGCAUUAUUUCCUUCCUGGAGUAUAAAUCUUUCAUCCUCCUUGGUCUUAUUGCAAGCUUUGUGCAUGUAAUUUUAGAACCAUGUAGGGAUGUAAUUUGCCCAGAACUAUUUUAAUUAUCCUGCCUGCCAUAACAGGGUAUGUUAAAUUUUAAAUACUUCAAUGACUUUAACCUCUGGGAGGGAAAAAGCCAUUUUAUCCAACUUGCCUGUACCUGGCAUUACAAGCCAGAUUUGAUAGUUAAUUCUACAAUACUUAAUAAAAUAUGCUAUGUAAGAGGGGUGUGUGUGUGUGUGUGUAUACACCCCCGCAAACAAACAAAAAGAAUUGCUUGCAGGUUGCUGUGAAAUAAUCUGUUGUUGUAAACGAACCCCCAAAACCCAUGUUAUUAUCAAUUAGAAACAAACUUUGUCUUUAUGGCUCUAUUUGAUUGUUUUAUAGGAAACUAUAUGGUUGUGGUUAGUAGUACAGUACAAUCCCGCUGGGCUUCCUUUUUUGAAGGUGUGUGUGUGUGUGUACAAAUUUUGUAACAUUUGCCUCUUUGCUUUUAAGCAGCAAUUUUUUUUUACCAAUUUUAGAUGGAUUCCCAUGGGUAAGGUGAGGUCCAUAUUAAGGAAAACUAAUAUUUGCUGGUUGGCUUUCCUUGUUCCUCUAUCACUAGUCCAUAAUAAAUGUCCAAGUGAUCUGAUGCCGCUUAGGUUUACAUGGGCUAAAGUUCAGAGUUCUUUCAGGGCAAGUGCCUUCUGACCUAUAUUGUACGGGUUGAGUUGCAUCUGAGAUUUUCUUAAAUGCUGGCAAAGUACUGGCAGUAAUUAAUCUGCCACAUGUAAACAAGCUCCGUAAGUCAGCAGGGUUUGCCCUGGAUUCUAUCACAGAGGAAAUUUAAGGAUAACCCAUUAGAAUUCCCUUUAAAGUUCCUUAUUUCCAUUUGUGUACACUAUUCUGCUGUUGGCUGGGAAUAAAUUGCAGUUUCCUUGGAGUUUGAACUUGGCUCUGCAAGUGUCCUGCUUGACCCCUCACCUUUGUUUUCUGUGAUAGCCUUUCCUUUGGAUAUACUAUUUGGCUGGUUAGAAGGGUAUAAAGUAUUUUUACAAGCCUCUACUACAAAUCUGCUUUUGGGGAUUGGGCGUUUCACUGUAUUAUAAAGGGCCUACUCGGCUUCUGUUUGUAAAGCCAUCAAGGCUUGGCACCUGCUUAAUGUUUUCUGAUUUUGGAGAUUAUUAUUUAUUUGAGUAGUGUUUUGAGUAGAGCGCUUUACAAAAUAUUAGUUUAGUCUCUACCCAAAGAUUUCUAAUCUAACACAAACAGAAAGCAAACAGAUUACAGUAGUUUGAACGGUAUACAGAGGAAGCCGUUGCUAAUUGAUGGAAACUCAUCCUUUCUUUAGUUCGGUAAAUCUGCAAACUGGGGUGUGUUAAAUCUGGACUAGGAGGUGGGAUGGAAUGAUGGCACCAGCCCAAGACUACCCUUUCCAUUGACCUACAUAGCAAUAUAUUGGCUGAAAAAAGCUGCAAAGAAUUUCCAUAAAACCAAAUUUAGUUUUCUAUUUCAUAAACUCUAUUGAGGAACCCUGUUAUUCAGUAGGAAAAGAGAUUUUGAGUCCUGUAGGUAAUACCACUAGUGCCUUUGUAUGAGUGUGAAGAAUAGUCCCCCUGAAAAAGAUUUGACACAGUCUUUCAAAUAAUUUAUGUAGUGUCUUAAUGAGAUGUUGAUGUGAAGUUGGUAUUUAAAGUCAAGAAAUUUGGGACAUUUAUUGUAGUUUAUUCUCAAGACUUCUGUCUUUUGUGAAGAUAUGCCUGGAACAACAAGAACAACAACAACAACAUAAAUAAAUAAAUAAAAUAAAAUAAAAUAUUUUAUAGCACGAUCAUAGUGCAUUUUUAAGUAACAAGAGAGAUCCCUGGAGUGAAAAGCUUUCAGUAAGAAAUUUGAAGUGAUAGAUAAACAUUUGGAAUCAGGUGGAGAAGAGGGUAAAUGUGCUGAAGACUAUGGAUAACGUGGGCACUUAGAAUGGGUUUGAAAGAAGACAGAAGGCAUCAUCUAGAAAUUCAAGAAAGCCAUUCUAGCCAAAAGGGGCAAGAGGGAGAAACUGUAGGCAUCUAAGGAUGUUUGGAGACCUUCAGAUGGCUGAGAGUGGCAGAGGUGGAGGAGAAAAGGAAAUUGUUUGGGAUGGGGAAAAAUUAGUUAUUGUAAUAAAUCAGAGUCAAAGACCAGGAUACAAGAGCAAAGAGAAUGGGAUUACAGUAGGGGCAUAGCUAUGGAGGUUUUUGAAGCCAAGAAUGAGGAGUUUAUGCUGGGUUUGGAGCAGACAUGGACCUGCUGAAGACGCAUCAUGUGAUCAGAACAAUGAGUGAGCUAAAUGGUUUUGGUGGCAAAGUUCUGGAUAGAAGUGAAGAGGCUGAAGUGUGACAGUGGAAGACAAGAUGAGAAGUUACUCGUGUGAGAACUAGAGUUUUUGUUGAGACAAAGAGAAAGGGGUUUAUUUUUGUGUUUGUUGUAAAGUGACAUGUUAUGGUGCUGAGCUGAAUGUGAAUGCCAAAGGAGAGGGAUGAUAGUGAAUAGUGAUGCUGUUGGUGGUUAUAGAAAAUAUAUGAGGAGUGGAGGUCUUGGAAGGAAAGACGACAGAGGUUAAUUCUCAACCCUCACUGUGCUUCACACCAUGAUUAAAUAUUAAGCAGAAAUAGCAGACAGGUAGGCCGGGUUCUGAGAUGCAGGAGGGAGUUCUGAUGUGGAGGUAGGUGUCAUAAGCACAUAGGUCUGGAGUGCUUAUUUCAGACCAGUGGCCACAUUCUCAUCUGGGCAACUUUCCAGGAGUCACAUGGCAAUGGUGGGUGGCACCAAAGCCAAAAAGUGUAAAUUUUAGCAUUGUACCAUAGGUUAGUCUUUAGCCUCCAUCCGGGCAACCAAGAAGCAUUGUCAAAGUUCAAGGACACAUUUCAGCCAGGAAAAAACACUUAAGGGGUAGGUGAAGCAGGGCUGGGGAGGGAUGUAGCCUGGGGAGAAUGGGUGUGGCUGAGAAAGGGGAGUGACCUAGGCAGAGUCCUGAGGGUAGGUUCCCCACCCCUGAUAUGGUUGAUAUUGAAAGUUUUGGUAUGUGAUGAGGUCACCCAGGGAGAGUAUAUGCGGAGGUCACAACAGACCAUGAUGGAGAGGGGGAAAGCAAAGGAAGAGCUUCCCUUCCCUGUGGAAAAGUUGAAUGAGCAAUUGCGUCAACAGGAAGAGAAGCAGCUGAGGGGAGUCAUGGGCACAAAGUGAGUCAUGCAGGGGAGAAUCAUCAGUUCCAGAGAUAGUUGCCAGUGAGGAGUUCAUCAGUAAAGGGCUGAUCUACUGGUAUGCUGAGGGCAGAAGUCAGAUGUUAUGGGGUCAAGAGAAGCUGUGGUAGAGAGAGUUGACAGUAGGUGUGAGUGACACAUCCCAGGAGUUUAGAGAUAAAGAAGACAAGAGAAGUUGAGCAGUAGCUGCAGAGGCAGGAUGGGUCAAGGCGGUGUCCUUUUUGGAGAGGGUGGAAAGUGUUAGUGUGUCUAAAUGCAGAAGGGAAGGAAUGUGCUGAUGAGAUGGGGGAGGUGGAGAAAAGUGGUAUAUUUAUUUAUUUAUUUAUUAUUUAUCUCAGGUCAGUUUACAGUGUAUUUGAUUGAGGAGGAAUAAUGGGAGGAGGUAGAUAGAAUCUAAACCACAGAGCCUAGGGCUUGCCGAUCAGAAGGUUGGCGGUUCGAAUCCCUGCGACGGGGUGAGCUCCUGUUGUUCAGUCCCAGCUCCUGCCAACCUAGCAGUUCGAAAGCACGUCAAAGUGCAAGUAGAUAAAUAGGUACCGCUCCAGCGGAAGGUAAACGGCAUUUCUGUGCCCUGCUCUGGUUCACCAGAAAUGGCUUAGUCAUGCUGGCCACAUGACCUGGAAACUGUCUACGGACAAAUGCCGGCUCCCUCAGCCUAUAGAGCGAGAUGAGCGCGCAACUCCAGAGUCGUUCACGACUGGACCUAACAGGGGUACCUUUACCUUUUUUAGAUAGAAUCAAAGGGGAGGAUAACAGUGGAAUAAUGAACUAGAUGGGAGAAAAGAGAAAAGGAUUCAGGGAGGUGUGGACUUCAAGGAAAGAGAGUUAGAAAGGGGGUUAUUUUAUUUUUAUCAGGCAAACUCUUCAAUGUGGAGGGAGAGCAUGAAGGGGGUUCCUAGUAGGACGUCAAAGAGGUGCUGGAGAUUCCUAGAGUUGGUGUGGAUCAUAACAGUAUUCUUGAUGAGUCAUAUGGCAAGCAGAAAGGAGAGGAUGACUUUUACAAUGGACAAAACAGCUCAGCUGUUUGAUUCUCUCCCAGAGGCAUUCAGCUGCAUGAGAGCAGGAACACCGGACCUGAAGAGAGGCAAAAGGGCUGAGGAUUUGAGGCGUGAAUACUUCAUUAGUGGAGAAGUACAAAUGAGCCAAGAGAGGGAGACAGGCGCAAGUUGGGAGAGGUCAUCGCAGCUUUAACACUACUGAAGCAAAAUAUGGAAUGUGUUUCACUGGUGACUGAAUCCAGCCAAACAAACAGUAUUGACAGUAGCUUGAAAAUCACCAGUUAGCAGUUUCUUCACGCUCCAACACUGCACAGCACUUUCCAGAGAGAACUCAUUGUGUGCAAGAAAUCUGCUUUACAAAUCUGUCCUGGUACCCUACAGCUUUGUCUGGUUAAACACUUACAAAAGGCGAAACCUAUCUUUAAGAGCACCCGGAGAAACAUGGAGGAAUACCUGUGGAUGGUCAUUGUUGGUUUUAUAAUUGCUUUUAUUUUGGCAUUCUCGGUUGGGGCAAACGAUGUUGCCAAUUCUUUUGGUACUGCCGUGGGCUCUGGUGUGGUUACUUUGCGCCAGGCCUGCAUUCUCGCUUCAAUUUUUGAAACUACUGGCUCAGUGUUACUAGGAGCAAAAGUAGGUGAAACAAUUCGUAAAGGUAUCAUUGAUGUGAACCUAUACAACAGCACUGUGGAACUACUGAUGGCAGGAGAAGUCAGCGCAAUGGUUGGCUCUGCUGUUUGGCAGCUGAUAGCAUCAUUCUUGAGGCUCCCGAUAUCUGGAACUCACUGCAUUGUCGGUGCCACUAUUGGAUUCUCAUUAGUUGCAAUCGGCACAAAAGGAGUUCAAUGGAUGGAACUUGUCAAGAUUGUCGCUUCUUGGUUUAUCUCCCCACUGUUAUCUGGUAUGAUGUCUGGUGUGCUGUUUCUGCUGAUUAGAUACUUCAUCUUAAAUAAGGAAGACCCUGUACCCAAUGGUCUUCGAGCCCUUCCAGUCUUCUACGCUGCUACCUUAACAAUUAAUGUAUUCUCUAUAAUGUAUACAGGUGCCCCUGUCCUAGGAAUCGUUCUUCCUAUGUGGGCAAUAGCGCUAAUAUCAAUUGGUGUAUCAGUAAUAUUCGCUAUCUUAGUGUGGAUAUUUGUGUGUCCGUGGAUGAAAAGAAAAAUAGCAAGUCGGUUAAAGAAAGAAGGGGCAUUAUCAAAGAUAUCUGACGAAAGCCUUGACAAAAUACAAGAUGAGGAUACACCUGUCUUUAAAGAACUUCCUGGUGCCAAAGCAAGUGAUGAAAGUACUAUUCCUCUUACUGCCUCUGGAACAGAAGAGGCUGGUGUAUCAGAUAAUAUAGCAAAUGGAAGCCAUCCCCGUGUGCCAUAUGGAAGAGCUUUUUCAAUGACACAGACAAUGGUGAAAUCUCCUAUUUCCAAUGGCACCUUUAAUUUUGACGGCCACAUGAAGAGCGAUAUUCAUGUGUAUCACACUGUGCACAAAGACUCGGGAUUGUAUAAAGACUUACUGCACAAAAUACACCUGGACAGAGGCAGCGACAACCGGCCUACGCAAGAAAACAACUACAAACUGCUGCGGCGCAACAAUAGUUACACUUGCUACACCGCUGCCAUCUGUGGGGUGCCAGUACAUUCGUCCUUCAAGGCUGCUGAUACGUCAACCCCAGAAGAUAGCGAAAAGCUAGUUACAGACACGGUUUCCUAUUCCAAAAAGAGGGUUCGUUACGACAGCUACUCCAGCUACUGCAACGCCGUGGCAGAAGCAGAAAUUGAAGCUGACGAAGGUGGUGUGGAGAUGAAGCUGGCAUCUGAGUUAGUAGAUCCUAGCCACCCCCCUGAAGACCUUGCAGAAGACGAGAAAGAUGAGAGGGACUCCUCACAGGUUCACCUCCUCUUUCACUUUCUUCAGAUCCUCACAGCUUGCUUUGGAUCGUUUGCUCACGGAGGUAAUGAUGUCAGCAAUGCUAUUGGCCCCUUGGUUGCCCUCUGGCUUAUAUAUGACAAGGGUGGCGUACUGCAAGAAGCUCCUACCCCUGUAUGGCUGCUCCUUUACGGGGGCGUUGGCAUCUGCGUGGGCCUCUGGGUCUGGGGGAGAAGAGUGAUCCAAACAAUGGGGAAGGACCUCACACCCAUCACGCCAUCAAGUGGAUUCACUAUUGAGUUGGCCUCGGCGUUCACAGUUGUGAUAGCUUCCAAUAUUGGACUUCCUGUCAGUACUACACACUGCAAGGUUGGUUCUGUGGUGGCCGUUGGUUGGAUACGCUCCAAGAAGGCUGUUGACUGGCACCUCUUCCGCAAUAUCUUUGUCGCCUGGUUUGUGACUGUUCCCGUGGCUGGCUUGUUCAGCGCUGCCAUCAUGGCUCUCUUCAUGUACGCCAUCCUGCCGUACGUCUGACAUCGCUGCUCCUUCCAUGGAAGAAGGGGGUGCCUCUGAGAUAAAAGAAGCAAAGGUCUCCCCUCCCUAUUUAAACCAUGCAGUAACAGCUAAUCAGCAAGGAUUUGCCGUCAGAAUCUAACAUCUGCUGUACAUAACAUCUGUGUCAUUGGUGACAUAACAUGUGGUGCCGUUUUCUUAUGUAUUAAAGAAAUAUAUAUAUAUGCUUACAGUAGGUGACACUACCUUAAGUUAUAAGUGAGGUGAAAAUAAUUGCCUAGAACUUAAUCCCUAGUAAAACUUGUACAUAAUGUAUCAUUCAGUAGCCAUUUUAUAAAAAUCUUUUAAAAGAACCUGGGAUGUGUUUUAUCAGUUUGAUAAAUGAUGAAGCAAUGUGCGAAAAGAUGAGAUUCUUUUUUGUAAAAGAAAAAAAAAGUGCUGUUCAAUGAUACUGGAAGCAAAGCGCAGAAGUACAUUGGCAAAAACUCUGUUCAUAUCAUAUUGUUGUGUAUAAUACUGUAUGGACAUUGAAUUUGUAAAUACUUACAAAUAUGUAACUUUUUAAUGGUGCAUUUCCCUCAUAUAUUUUGGAUAAGAAAGUUUAGAAAGUACCAAAGAAGGAGGGAUAGCUUGUCAGUAUUAUAUUUGUCUAUCUGUGU